UUGUUGAUUGACUCGAUCUCAUUUUUUCUUUAUACAUCAUAGGGUGAAAACGUGACGGAAAAUAUUUAAUUUUAUUUUAAGAAUAAAUUGAUUAAAAUCUAUAUUUAUCGUAAUGCCGUCUAGUGAAGUAAAUCAGUAUGAAUUAGCGUCUAGAUUAUUAUCUUUAACUGAAAAUACAUCCUACACAUUAACUCAAAUCAAUGGGCAAAGGAUUUACAGAAAAGCACCCCAUGCAUGGGUUGGUCCGGAACCUAUUAGGAAGUGUGAGGUUUUCAUUGGUCGCAUUCCACAUGACUGUUUUGAAGACACUUUAGUACCACUGUUCCAGCAGGCCGGCGAGCUAUUCGAGUUCCGCCUCAUGAUUAACUUUUCUGGUUGGAAUAGGGGGUAUGCUUUUGCUAUGUACACAACUCCAGCUGCUGCUAGCAAUGCUAUUUGCAUGUUUAACAACUAUUUGAUUCGUCCAUCUUGGCAACUUGGUGUGUGUCCAUCAGUGAAUAACUGUCGCAUCUUCAUAUCUCGCAUCCCGUCAACAACUUCUUCCAUAGAGAUAGUUCGUCUGCUCUAUGCUCUCACUGAAGAGGUCCACGAGGUGCGCAUCCGUCGCUCUGGUGGCGGUUGUGCUGCUAUAGUGGAGUAUAAGUCUCACCGCGGCGCUGCCAUGGCGCGGAAGGCUUUAGUAGCUGCCGCAUCUGCAGCUUGGGGCUCCGGUGCUCGUCCCGCUGUAGACUGGUCGCUGCCUCAGUCGCCGCACCUGCUGCGACAGUACCGUGAGGUUGGUCGCUGGACGCCAGAGCGCGGUGUGGAGAUUUACCAACUGCGGGAUGAGUUGGUUCCUGCUGCGACCGCGUCGUACACACUGGAGCGCUGGUCUCAAACUAGGCGUCUUCUCAUGAUAUACGAAGCUCAGCGUGCCAGGAGCGCCCCAAACCUAGCUCCGGUCGCAGACCCGAUUCCCGCUCCUCAAAAAAGCAUACAAAUACCACUCCAGGAUGAAGCUUGUGGCCCAGAGAUUAGUCAGAACUAUGGUCUUAUUAAUAACUGGUCUCAUUCCUUGGGCAACGUAACGUCCAACAUGGGGUCCUUGAAUCUUAAUGGAACAUAUAACUCUUGGAAGGAUGGAGGGGCCACAGAGAACAAAACUCUGGACUACAAUCCUUGGACCACUCAGCAUCCACUGCGAGACCCACGCGACAAGAAGCCCCCCCAGGAGUGAAUCACUUUGCCACGGGUAACUGUGUAAUACGUGUCUGUCAUGUGGGUAUAAGCAUGGCCAAAAUUUUAUGUUAUGCAACUUUAAUUUGCAUUCAGAUUGCCUUUUUGGGGAUAAAUAUUAUUUAUUACCUUAUUUAUUGCUUGGGAAAAAAUGCUUAUGAAUGAAUCCCUGAAUCUAGGAGCUAAACUCGAUAAUCUGAUCAGAAAAUUUGUUGAUACAGCUUGUAACACCAAACUGGUUUUUAUUAUUUUUUUCUAAAAAAUCUACUUAUCUUAAAAAUUCAGUGUUUAAUACUAUUUGGUUUUUUAUGAGUUAAAACUAAUUAAUCAAAUGCCUAUAAAUUUAAUUUUAUUGU